AUGUCGAGCUAUAUCGACUACUACAACCUACCACCAGAGGGCAACAGUGGCACUGGUAUCGUUUUUGCUAUUUUCAAUGUUGGGCAGAUGGCCGGGGCGUUAUUCACCUGGGCAGCUGAUUGGCAGGGCAGACGCUGGCCGAUAUUUGUCGGAUGUGUUGGCGUGUGUGUGGGAUCAAUAGUGACUGCUACAGCUCCGACACUUGCUGGUUUUAUCGGAGGCCGAUUCCUUCUGUCCUUCUUUUCCACAAUCGCAGCCACCGCCGCGCCACUAUACUUGAUUGAACUCGCUCCUCCUCAAUAUCGAGGUACGGUGGCCGGCAUGUAUAAUACGCUCUACUAUCUGGGCUCGAUCAUUGCAACUUGCGUUGUGUAUGGUUCCAACCGACACUUGACUGGAAAUAUUGCAUGGCGCCUAGCACUCUGGCUCCAGAUGCUGUGCCCGGGUAUGGUUGCCUUGGGUAUUUGGUUCUGUCCUGAGUCCCCAAGAUGGCUCAUUGGAAAUGAUCGACUCGACGAAGCAAGAACAAUUAUCGCCGACUUGCAUGCCAACGGAGACCUCGAUCAUCCCCUCGUCCACCUGCAGGUGGACGAGGUGGCUACUGCUCUUCAGAACGAGGGCAUCAUGUCUUGGAAGACUUUCUUUGAUAUCCGUGUCCUUGUGAAUUCUCGUUCGCGGCGAUAUCGCAUGAUGCUCAACGUUGCUUUCAGCUGGUUUGGUCAGUUCUCAGGCAACAAUCACGAAGGACUAACAUCUUUAGAUCUCCCAUACCUUGUCGCGAAUGUUGGCAUUACCAACACGGAUACACAGUUGCUACUUAACAUUAUUUACGCCAUCGGGGGUUGGAUUCCAGCCAUAAUCGGCGCUCGGUUGCAUGACGUGGUCGGCCGUCGCAAAAUGAUGCUUUCGGUAACGCUGGGAAUGGCUGUCUGCCUUUCUAUCGCGGCGGGAACAGCAGCUGGCUACGUGAAGACAGGGAGCAAAGCUUCUUCGUCUGCGUCGAUCGCGUUCAUUUACGUCUUCGGGUCGGUCUUCGCGCUAGGAUUUACCUCGAUGCAGCCAAUUUACCCAGGAGAGAUCCUCUCGAAUGACAUGCGCGCCAAAGGUAUGGGUGUCUACCAGCUCGUCAGUGGUUGUGCUGGAUUUGUCAACACCUUUGCGGCUCCGAUCGCUCUCAGAAAUAUACAAUACUGGUUCUACGUUUUCUUCGUCUUCUGGGAUCUGUUCGAAUUCACCUUCAUCUAUUUGUUCUUUGUCGAAACAAAGGGUCGAACUUUGGAAGAACUAAAUGAGCUUUUCGAAGCACCCAAUCCCCGCAAGGCAAGCACUGCGAGGACUAAAUUGGUCAGGAGAGUCGUCCAAGAAGACGAGGGAGCAAACAAAGUGACCCUGGUUGCUGCGUAA